AUGCCCUACCUCGGCACCACCUCUCCCGGCGAGGGAGAGUCUGAAACCAUCGCACCGGUACUACCGUCCGCCACGGCACAGAAGCCCGGACAACCAUCGACCAUCUCCAUACCGGAGCUACGGCGCCGCGCAGGGGAUGGCGAUGCCGGCGCCCAGGUCGACCUGAGCAUCGCUCAGAAUCGGCAACCAGUCUCGCACAAGCUGGUUCCGCCGAAAGGCUGGGUGCACUUUGUGGCUGGAGGCGUCGGUGGGAUGUGCGGCGCGAUCAUCACCUCUCCGCUCGACGUGGUCAAGACGAGACUGCAGUCGGAUCUGUUUCAGAAGCAGGCAGCGAUCAAGGCUGCCGCCGCGCCUUCCAGCGUGCUCGGACAGACCAAGAAGCUGGCCUAUCACUUUGUCGAAACAGGGCAUCUGCUCAAGGAAAUCGCCACCAAAGAGGGCCCACGGGCCCUCUUCAAAGGUCUUGGGCCGACUCUGGUUGGCGUCAUUCCGGCGAGAUCCAUCAACUUCUAUACUUACGGCAAUGGCAAGCGGCUGCUGGCGGACCGCUUCAACGGAGGCGUCGAGACGCCUUUCGUGCACCUCAGUGCCGCAGCCAUCGCUGGCAUCACUACCGCGACCGCCACCAAUCCGAUUUGGGUCGUCAAAACGCGGCUGCAGCUCGAAUCCCACCAGCUCGAAGAAGCACUUAAGGCCAGUCGGGCUGCUGCCGUAGGUCCGAAGCGCAGCGCCAGCGCCGGUCGGCCGAGUGCGACGUCGGCGUCCUCGCACGCACGCCUCUCGACCUCUGCAAUCUCGCAAAAGCUCCAUCCUUCAAGCGCCUGGUCCAGUCAAGCCCUCGCAUCAUCGAAACAGGCAGCCUUUUUCAAAGCGGCGCCGUCUCCGCCAAGGCCGGCAGUCAACUCGUUUCAGAUGCUGACCGCAAUCAUCCGGUCAGAGGGCAUCAAGGGCCUAUAUCGAGGGAUGAGCGCGAGCUACCUCGGAGUCGCCGAGGGCACCAUCCAGUGGGUCCUGUAUGAGCGGCUUAAGAGGAUGGGCAGCGUCGGCGGGGAGGCAGAUGGGGCGCAGUCUUCCCAGAUAUCGCGCAUGGUGGGCGCAGCCGGGACAGCCAAAUUCGUUGCGAGCCUGAUCACGUACCCACACGAAGUGAUUAGGACACGGCUGCGGCAGCAGGUCAGACCCGGUCAAGCUCCAAAGUACACCGGCCUGAUGCAGACGAUCCAAGUGGUGCUGAGAGAGGAGGGCGCGGUCGCCCUCUAUGGCGGUCUGAGCGCCCAUCUGCUCCGCGUUGUUCCGAACGCCGUGGUCAUGUUCUCGAUCUACGAGGUGACGCUGCGGCUCGGGUCCACCAAGGCCCAGGCGUGA